AAAAAUGCAGCAAGAGUAGUAAUCGUAGUUAUUGUUCUAUUUUGAAUUUGUUUUCUUCAUUUUCCAUUGCACAUCAAUGGUCUUCUUCUUCUUCUUCGACGAUCUUUAAUUUGUUCGUAAUCAUUCACCUCCAUUAAUGUCUGUUUCUACCGAAAAUCGAAUUCCCUUAUGGAGAGAGAUCCUAAAAUCAUCCGCCCUCAUAAACAAAGACAAUUCAGGACAUUUUCGCGUCCUUUCAAUCCUCUUUAUCUUGCCCUUCCUUUCCACUCUCAUCGUAUAUCCUUCUUUCCACCUCGACCUGUUUCACCCUGAUUACGAUUUCACCAUUCUCACUCAAAUUUCCCUUUCCAUUUUCGAAAUUAUUGCACUCAUAAUGUGCACUCUGUUUUUGGUCCUGUUUUUCCUCUGUGCCAUAGCCACAAUUACAUACAGCGCAGUUCAAGCGUCUUAUGGUAGACCAAUCAACCUUUUUUCGUCGAUUAAAUCUAUUAGAAACUCCUUCAUCCCCCUGCUCUCCACCUUUAUCGUUUCUCACACCAUUCUCAUUUCAAUCACUCUCAUUUUCGCGAUAGUUUUGUUUCUCUUAUCCCAAAUUCUCCAAACUUUUGUACUAAUUGAACUCAAAUACGAUCUAAAUCACUUGUUAUUUUUGGUUAUUUUUGCAUUAAUUGUACUCGUACCAAUUCUGUUAUGGCUACAAGUGAACUGGUCAUUAGCUUAUGUGGUAGCAGUGGUUGAAUCAAAACAGGGUUACGAGACACUAAGGAGAAGCGCGUAUUUAGUAAAGGGGAUGAGAUCAAUAGCUUUGUCGAUGAUCCUGUUUUACGGGCUUGCGGUGGGAGGAAUGGUGGUUGGUGGUUGCAUGUUUUUAAUCACUAUAACUACAUCGCGAUCGAAGGGUGAUCAGCGGAGCAUCUUGGUGAUAUUCCAGAUAUUACAGAGUUCAAUAAUGGGAUAUGUGAUGAUGAAUCAGUUUAUUGUCGGAAACGCUAUGUUGUAUAUGUAUUGCAAGGACUUGAAUGACGAAAAAUUGCCCUUCGAUAUUGGAGACAACGAAUCCUCAUAUCUUAAUAUGGUGUGAUAUUUUUCGCGAAAAAGCAUUUAUCUUCGCAAAAAAAUCUUCAAUUAUAUCAAAAGAAAGUAUUUGUUUGACACUUUGUAUAGUAUAUUUCUUUUAUGAAGAAAAUUCGAUUGAUUCUUCCUUGUCAUGUCAACACAUUCACCUU